GGGUCCGAGACUCAUUGGCUUUAGGACCCAGUGGAGGCAGGCAGCAGCAGCGGCUCGGCUCUCAGACUGAAGGCAGACAAAGGCGAGGAGAGAGACGGCGUGCUUCUUCCAUCCUGCUGCAUAGACUCACUCCCCCCCUCCACACACUCACACACACACCCUUCACUCCUCCGCCGGCAGCUGCAGAGACGCAGACUCUUCGGAGCUGGUCACCACCACCACACAUUCGUCACAACCAUCACAACUUUCAGUCACCAUGGAGCUAGACUUUGGACAUUUUGACGAGCGAGACAAGGCAUCCCGCACCCCACGUGGUGGGCGCAUGAAUGGACUCCCCAGCCCGACCCACAGUGCCCACUGCAGCUUUUAUCGCACACGCACCCUGCAGGCCCUCAGCAAUGAGAAGAAAGCCAAAAAAGUGCGCUUCUACCGCAACGGAGACCGCUACUUUAAGGGCAUCGUGUACGCUGUGGCCAACGACCGAUUUCGCACCUUUGACGCCCUCUUGGCUGACCUCACACGCUCGCUUUCUGACCACAUCAACUUGCCACAGGGCGUCCGCUUCAUCUUCACUAUUGAUGGCAUGCAGAAGAUCGAAUCCUUGGAUGAGCUAGAGGAAGGGGAAAGCUAUGUUUGUGCAUCAGAGAACUUGUACAAGAAGGUCGACUACACAAAGAACGUCAACCCCAACUGGUCCGUGAAUGUAAAGGCCUCGGCGAGCCAGAAGAACAUGCAGUCCUUAGCCGCCAAAGCUGCAAGCGAGCCCAGGGAGACCAAGGACUUUGUUCGACCCAAGCUUGUGACGGUGAUGCGCAGUGGCGUGAAGCCUCGCAAGGCUGUGCGUGUUCUGCUUAACAAGAAAACUGCACACUCCUUCGAGCAGGUCCUCACCGACAUCACAGAGGCCAUAAAACUUGAAAGUGGGGUCGUGAAGAGGAUCUACACGCUUGACGGCAAGCAGGUGACCUGCCUUCAAGAUUUCUUUGGCGAUGAUGAUGUCUUCAUUGCAUGUGGACCAGAGAAAUUCCGCUAUGCGCAGGAUGACUUCUCUCUGGAUCAGAACGAGUGCAGGGUGAUGAAGACGCCCAAACCUCAGCGUGGUUUAGUGAAGAGUCCUGCUCCAAUCAAGCGCAGCAAGUCUCCUGCUGAAUCAACCAACGGGACGGGCUCCAGCAGCCAGCUGUCCACCCCGAUUUCCAAGCAUUCCCCCACCUCCACCCCCACCAGUCCAGGCCUCAACAACAAGCAGAAGGAUCUCUACUUGCCCUUAUCUCUGGAUGACGAUGAUUCUCUGGGUGAAUCGAUGUAAACUCUCCCCCUGCAGCCCGCCUCGUGUUUUGGCCUGAAACACAGAAGUUUUUAUACGUCUGCUGCUUUCCACCGUCACUCACAGUGCCACCUGUUGUCUCGGAGAACCACUUCUUUAUCUCCUUUUUAAGGCCUUAGCCACCAGGGCUAUGUCACAACUUGCUGCUUGAGGGUCACACAAACCUUUUUUUCUUUUUUAAAUGACUAACUUUCGACCACUUUGUAACAAUCAACUCACUGAUGCUCAGACACGUUUCUAUCUGGAGGUUUCACUAUUUCUCAAUCAGCUCACUGAUGCUCACACACGUUUCUAUCUGGAGGUUUCACUAUUUCUCAAUCAGCUCACUGAUGCUCAGACACGUUUCUAUCUGGAGGUUUCACUAUUUCUCAAUCAGCUCACUCACCCACAGAUUUCACGGUGUAAAGAUUUCACUUUGAUUUCAGACAUUUCAUUAAAGGAUGCACAGACUUUAACUUUUAAGUCACAGACUCUCAAGCAGCAAAUUGAUAUUUUUAAGGGUGUGAAGUCAAAACUGAUUUUUGAAUCACUUGUAUUCGUGAUGUUUCUCCAUGUCCUCCUUCCCAAUAUGCUUACUGGUGUGAAAGGUAACGGUCCCAUGUCAGAGGAAAUCAUCUGCGAAGCCAGAGAAAGUCUGUAAAUCUGUAUAUAGCUACAUCCAUCAUAACAUCUCCGUCCAUUGCUGUGCUUCCAUAACGUCUCUACAGUGUCCGUCUUAACAUUAGCUCAACACAAUAACAGGGUAUGAUAAAAGAAGCAACCAAAAUGAAGUCGCUCCGCAGAGGGUGAGGAUGUGUGGGAUGCAGCUCCUGACUGAAGAGGAUUACUGGGCAGAAGCCCACGCCUCCUCAAUGGGGAUUCAUGUUCCCCACUGAAUUUACACCAGAAACUAUAAAACCAUAAUCAUGUAAGAUGAAGCUAUUUAAACCACCGCAAACACACGGAGGUCUGAAAAUCCAUAUUCUGGCUAAAAUUGGCGUUCACCCUUGUCCAAUCGGAAAAGGCAUCUCACAUCACCCUCGCGGGAAAUCUUUAUGUUGGUGUUUCCUCUAUUUUGACCCUCUGUAGUCUAUUCAAGGUAUAUAUACCCUCUGUGUUUUAGAUUUUCACAAACUGCAGUGCAUGAUAUUGGUGAAUGAUCAUGAAAGUAAGGACCUAAAACAACCAAAGGAAAAACAGUUAGGCCCUUUUUUAAAGUCAUUUUAUUGACCGAAGUCUAAAUGAUUCCCUUGUGGACCAGUUCACCACCAAUAUGACGAUGUUUUAUUGAACAGUGUGUGAAAUUUAAAGAUAGAUAUUCGUCUCAAAAGCCAAAGCAUGAUUUUUAGACAUGGAAUUGUAGAAAGGGGGGAUAUAAUCUAGGUUUUUAAUUAUUCUGGAGGAAGCACACCUGGAGAUUUAUGCAUGUUGCUUUGUAACGCAUCAAAAAUCACAAAAAGCUUAAAUCAUGCUCAUCUGAGGCGCUUACUGUUGUCAGGGCGCUGAAUGUUAGUGGGGUUUCAUCCAAUGUGCAUGGCUCAACGUGGCACUCAGAAACAGGGGAGAGGAAAAACAUUGUCUAAAUCCAUGUGUGGGUUUCAAAUUUUAUAAAGUUUAUUAAUUUAUAUCAAGGGUACUCAUCCGGUAAUUUUUAUUUCUAGUUUUAACUUGCUCACAUGAUCUCUAAACUCUUUAUUCAAGCCUCUGUGUGCAACUCUCUAUCGUCUUUUGCUUUUAUUUUUCUCUGGUUGCAUCGUUUGUCUUACCAAUCUACUGAAGAGUUUUCUCGGACUUUGCAGGGAAUCAAACCUGAGAAUCUCUAAAUUUGGAAAAAAAACAAACUCUGAAGCACAAAGCAGGGAGCUACUUAUUCAUCACAGACACUUUACUGUCUACUUGCCAGCAUUGCAAUGCGUGACCACAAUUAAUUUCUCAAUGUGUUGAUUAAAAAAUGCUGCACAUGUAGCAUCCUUUAAAUUAACAUCUAUGCAUUCAGAUUAAAGAAUAGUUCAGACUUUUCUUUUUCCGUUCGUGUAGAGGAUGACCUUUUUUUAUACCUAAUAGAAUGAUGAGAAAUUAGCUAUAAUUGAAAUCUCCAUGCAGUUAUUCCAUUGUGAAUUUGUGUGUCUUAGGAGUGAUGUGGCGUCUGCCCUCUGGAUAAUCGUUGCUGGUUUUUUUAUCACCCACUUAAUACUCAAGACAAAUUCUUACAAAAAAAUAUCUGGUGCUGUGAGCUUCACCUUUCUCCUGCAGGGGGCACUGUCCCACCAGCACAAACAGUUAACAACAUCAGCCUAUCCACAGCAGGGACACCUCACUUCACCCACCAUUUUGUACAAAAGCCCCAUUUGUCGUCAUUUUUCUCAAGCUCUCAGUCCUGUGUAACCUUCCAUGCUAAUACUAAUGGUCUUUUUCUACAGCUUGUUACAGCGUAUUAAACAUAAACAGAAAAUGUUGGUUGUCUUGUGUAAACCGGCCGCCACCAUGUAAGAUGGAUGGUGUGAAUUCAUCACCUACAGUGGUGCCUUUUGUUUUUUAAAGAUUAGUGUCUUUUGAUAAUAAUAAAUGAAACGGGAAAUCGAA